GCGUGGCGGAGUGACGUAUAGGGGGCGGGGACACGGUGCAUGCCCGGGCUGCUGCUCGCUACACGUUCAAUGAGGAUUGGGGGGAGGGAGCGUCGAGGGCAGGAGGGAUCGGGCUGCUCUUUCCACAUAACGGGAAUUAAUGGGACUGCUGUAGGCACGGCUCGGGGGGACAUGCACAGCGGCAAUGUGAAGCUUUAUCCCUGAGAAAGUGCCUCAUAUUCUGGGAACAGUAAGAAUCAUUGUGACACUUUAAAAACAUUGAUGGUCCGAAACGUCCAAGGAUUUUGAUUUGUACAACACAAAACAAAGAUGCAAAAUUCAACGCAACAUGGCAUCCUGGGUGACAGAGCCUCUGGCUGUUGUGGGCCACCAAUUUUAUACCUGCAGCCCCGGGCUUAGAGGUGCCUUGCACUUUGUCUUCUAGUUAUCUGCGCUGAAGUGACAACCAGUAUCCCUGACACGUCUUUCCUUUAUGCCGCAUAAAGAACGAUGUUGGAAUGUGACAGGGUCAGUCAUUGUCCACUUAGUAUUGGUUCAAAUGCCACCCUGAAUGGAAGUUUUCAGAAUUAUUGUAAGGACACCUCCCAUAGGCUCCAUUUUAAUAAGUACUUGAAGAAAAAGUACUUGAACACAUCACAGUCCAGUCUGUGAUGUCAGCCGUGUGGGCAGCGCCUGGGAACUCCCUGACUCCCUGUAGCAUCAUGUUUCAGUAUGAGUGUUAGGACUGAGGUACAGAGCGGGCUGAGACCGAUACCGGCAGGGCUGUUUCUUCCAGCGCACAUCACCCUUUGGAGCUCAGACACUGUUUCUUCCCACUGACAUUAUCAGGAGAUUUGGUUCCCACUCAAGCAGCCCAUCUGGCUCCACUUUAUACCUCUGCUUCAUACUGAAAGUUUUGUAGGGCUUUGUGGCAUUCACCAUGUGUCAUGUCAUUGUAACCUGCCGCUCUAUGCUAUGGACAAUCCUCAGUAUAGUGGUGGCCUUCGGAGAACUGAUUGCCUUCAUGAGCGCCGAUUGGUUGAUUGGCAAAGCCAAAAGCACAGACGGCGACAGUAGGACUGGUGGCCAGCAGGAACCUUACCGUCCAACCCUGGGCAUCUACGGACGCUGCAUCAAAAUGCCCCAAGUGCCAUAUUUUAGGAAGGACACCCUGUGUGGUCCCUACGCAGAGCAUUUCAAUGAGAUUGCCAGUGGAUUCUGGCAGGCGACUGCCAUCUUUUUAGCAGUGGGGAUCUCCAUCCUGUGCAUCGUGGCAUUUGUGUCUGUCUUUACUAUGUGCGUACAAAGUGUGAUGAAGAAAAGUAUUUUUAAUGUGUGCGGCCUGCUACAAGGCAUUGCAGGCCUCUUUCUUAUUCUCGGCCUUAUUCUGUACCCUGCUGGUUGGGGAUCCCAGAAGGUGGUUGGUUAUUGUGGACAUUACGCAUCUGCCUACAAGCUGGGAGAGUGUUCCCUGGGCUGGGCCUUCUACACGGCUAUCGGGGGCACCGUGCUGACCUUCGUCUGCGCAGUCUUCUCGGCACAGGCUGAAAUUGCCACUUCCAGUGAUAAAGUGCAGGAGGAAAUCGAGGAAGGCAAAAGCCUCAUAUGUCUGCUCUAACCUUUGAGGAGACCUCUCUGUAAGCCAAAGAGCAAGUAAAGGGAUGGACUGUGUUUACAUGGCUGUGGCCUGGCUUUGUUUGAGGGACACUGAGCCUUGACAAGGGGCCCAUUCUCAUUCAUGGCAUAAACAUUGGAGCUACAGUGGAAUUGAAGUGAAAAGCAUGAUGCACAGGACAUGGAUUGAAUCCUGUAGAAGCUCCUGCUGCUCUCCACCUUCCCAGAGUCACUUUAUAUCCCUCCUGUUGGGCGCUGUACAGAAUGCGAAGCAGACUCUAUUGAUUCGGACUCCAUUUCUUUGGACACAUUCGCCACUGCUCUUUCAGAGUUCGGAUUUUUGUUUUGAGGGGCCAAAUAGAAGCGUACCACUACACCUUAAGGGAAACGUUUGUAAACUGGAAAUACGGGGAUCUUUUAUGUGUUUUAGAUUUUUUUUUUUCUUUUAAAUCAAAACUUGUAUUGAUUGAUUUUCUAGAUAUGGAAAGAACCACUUCAUUCAGUACUGGCGUUACAUGUAACUGCAGGGGGAACCGAAACGGGGAGAUGUUUUUAGAUGACAUUCUCCUUAAAGGAACAGUGACACCUAAAGUGCUCACCUCCUGAAAGAUGCCACAAAAAUACAUGGUCUUCGCUGUUUUUCGGACACAUGAAGAAUUUUUCCUGGGUAGUGAUUUGGAAGGAUUAGCCUUUUGGUGCUGUCAUUUCUUUUAAGCAAUACUAUUCCUUUAAACGCUGUGUGUGCCACAUCACUUUCAGUAUAAUAGACAUCCAUUUGUUCGU